AUGUCGAGGAUAGAAAUCUUGAAUUUGGCCGGGCUGCGGCACGACAACCGGCGGCCGUACGAGCUGCGCGCGUGCGCGUUCACGCUCGCCGCACACCCGCAAGCGGACGGGAGCGCGGGCGCCACGCAGGGCCUCACGCACGUCCAGGCGUCGGUGUAUGGCCCGCGGGAGCCGCGGCAGCGCAGCGGCGCCGCGCACGACCACGCCGUCGUGAGCGUCGAGGUGGGCGUUGCGCCGUGGGCGCAGGGCGCGUUUGGGCGGGGCAAGAGCCGAGGGGAUAAACGCCUUGUCGAGAUCGCCGCGGCCAUCCGCCAGACAUUCGAACCCGUGAUCCAGCUGCAGCUGUAUCCGCGCUCCGAGAUCGCGAUCCACGUACAGGUCCUCCAAGCUGAUGGCGGCAUCCUCCCGACGGCGAUCAACGCGGUGACGCUCGCGCUGAUCGACGCGGGCGUCGCGCUGCUCGACUACGUCGCGGCCGUGUCUGUGGGGCUGCACCUCAAACAGGCGUUGCUGGACCUGUCGGCGCCCGAGGAGAGCGACCUCCCCGCGCUCGUGGUUGCCAGCCUCCCGUCCAGCGGGAAGGUGACGCUCGCGCAGAUGGAGACGCGGUUGCAUGUCGACCGGUUCGAGGAUAUGCUGCGGCUCGGCGUGGAUGCGUGUGCGGUCAUCAAGGGCGAGAUGGAGAGGGUGGUCAAGGCGCAUACGCGUAGUGUUGUCGAGCGCAUGGGGGCGGCGACGGUCGUCGCGCAGCCGCAGGAUUAGUGUACGAUAUGCAGGUGUGCGAGAGAAGCCACGGCGUUCGUGAAGGGGUCGAGAAGGAGGGGUGACAGACUCUGAC